ACCUUCUUUCUCCCCACUACCAUUGUAGUCGGGAGUGUCUAGGACGUUCCCCGACUAACUCUUUCUUUCAGUCUGGUGGCCGAGGAGGCAACGACAGCUAUGGAAGCAGUGACAGCUACGGCGUAAGCCUCUCUUGGUUACCUCCUCCCUCCACUACCAUUGUAGUGGGAGCUUCGGAGGGGUCAAAGCCUAGGACAUUCCCUGACUAACUCUUUUCUCCAGUCUGGCGGCCGAGGAAACAGUGACAGCUACGGAGGAGGCAACUCUGACAGCUACGGAUCUAGCAAUGACGACAACAGCUACGGCUCGAGAGGAAAAUCCGGCGGUGACAGCUACGGCUCUAGCAACGACGACAGCUACGGCUCGAGUGGAAGAGGAAACUCUGGCAACGACGACAGCUACGGUUCAAGUGGAAGAGGAGGAAGAUCUGGCGGUGACGACAGCUACGGCUCGAGCAACAACGACAGCUAUGGCUCUAGCAAGAACGACAGCUAUGGCUCCAGCAACAACGACAGCUAUGGCUCCAGCAACAACGACGACAGCUACGGCUCGAGUGGGAGAGGAAAGUCCGGCGGUGACAGCUACGGCUCUAGCAACAACGACAGCUAUGGAUCUAGCAACAACGACAGCUAUGGCUCCAGCAACAACGACAGCUAUGGCUCUAGCAAGAACGACAGCUAUGGCUCCAGCAACAACGACGACAGCUACGGCUCGAGUGGAAGAGGAAAGUCCGGCGGUGACAGCUACGGCUCGGGCAACAACGACAGCUAUGGCUCCAGCAACAACGACAGCUAUGGCUCUAGCAACAACGACGACAGCUACGGCUCGAGUGGAAGAGGAAAGUCCGGCGGUGACAGCUACGGCUCAAGCAACGAUGACAGCUACGGCUCCGGCGGCAACUCUGGCUACGGAGGAAACUCUGGCAACGAUGACAGCUACGGCUCGGGUAACAGCACCGCCGACAAGCUGUUGCAGAAGGCCGGCAGCUUCUUCAAGGGUGGCAACAACUCGGGAAACAAUGACAAUGACUACUAGGCGCAUGGUUUGCUGCGGAUGAUUUUACGACGGU